AUGACUGACGUUCCUCUUCCUGAAUGCCUUCCAAAGCCAGAAGAACCGAAAGCUGCAGAACCACAACAGUCUCCUCAGCAACCUCAGUUCCAGCAAGUCCCUCCACCAAAUUACUACCAAUUUCCAUCUCAAGGUUACUACCAAUUUCCACCUCAAGGUUACUACCCACCACAAGGCUUCCCGAACUACCCUCCUCAGCCUAUGCCUUACUUCCCCAACCCUUGGAUGUUCCAGCAAGCUCCACCCCAGCAAUUCCAAUCUCAAUCCAAAUCGAAGAGAGACCAAGAGUUCGAAGAAGGUCUGAACCGUUUACGCAAAGAGUAUGCCACAGCCCCUAUGGAAGAAGACAGGCUCUCACUCUCUUCCCUCAAAUCGACCGAUUCGACUCGUACCACAGAUUCGGUUCGUGACCGUGAAGACUACCUCAAGCAGUCUGAGAGACUCUUCAUCCUACAACCAUUUACAGUUGGAGCUCUCAAGAACAUGCGCAAUUACGAAGGUCAGACACCAGCUGGAGACCGCAAAACAGACGUACUCGCAAGAGCCGUCCAGCUCGUCAAAACAAAGACUGAGAUAGUCGACUUCAUUCUUGCAGCUUGCCCAUACAAGUAA